AAAGAUACCAUAUUUAAUUGUGAUAUUAAACUUAUUUGGGCCAAGGUCUAUUUCAAUGCCUUAAACAAACUUUAACUAAAUAUUACAGUAACAAAUGUAUACAUUAUAACAGCGGAUAUAUUAAUUAAGCAUGGGUUGAGGUUGCAAUGCGUUGCUUUUAGGAUUACAUAUAACUUGCACACACACACCAUUAGAGCUGUGUUCGUUGUGCUAAUAGUUGUUUUUGUGAAUUUUUGGCGGCCGAUAUUUUGAACGGACUUAAACCACACAUCGGAUAGUUUGGGCCUAACGUGUGAAGUUAACAAUAAGUGCAGAGCGUAUGCUUUGCUUAGACAUAGGCUUAAAUGAGGACAACUAGGAUGUAGGAGCAAUCCAAAUGUAGAAUUAGUAGAGCAUUAAUAUAAACAUGUAAUGUCACCUUAGAGAACAAUGAAAUAUAAUUCUAGCUUGUAAAGAAUGCCCGGCAUUCGAUAUUUAAACUGAGCUAAAUUUCGUACGGAAAAUAUAUAGGGACUCUAUCGGACUAAAAUAUAGUCUCUUUAUACAUGUAAACUCAUUUCGUUGAUCAACUUAAUAUUAAUAAGACUGUACAUGGCGAGUGAUGACAGAUCUUCACUACAGAGCCCACCGAUUAACUGGUCGCCCCAGGACCAAAUGGACGAGGAGGUGCGGGUUGAGGACCGGGAACAGAACUUCGAGAUCACACGGAGGCAGAUCAAGGUCCCGGAUGCCGGCACCUAUUCGGGGUUCAGUUUCCGGAAGUUGUGGGCGUUCACGGGUCCGGGGUUCCUGAUGAGUAUCGCAUACCUGGAUCCCGGCAACAUAGAGUCCGACCUUCAGGCCGGGGCCAUCGCCAAGUAUAAGUUGCUAUGGGUGCUGAUGUGGUCCACGGUUAUGGGCCUGGUCCUGCAACUGCUCGCGGCGCGCCUCGGCUGCGUGACUGGCCUCGAUCUGGCGGAAGUGUGCCGCCACGAGUUCCCGCUCGUUCCCCGACUCGUGCUAUGGAUCAUGAUGGAGAUCGCCAUUAUCGGCAGCGACAUCCAGGAAGUGAUCGGAUCCGGCAUCGCCAUCAACCUGUUGUCGUCUGGAAAGGUACCGAUAUGGGCAGGGGUACUAAUCACCGGCGCCGACACGUUCACGUUCCUCUUCCUUGAGAACUACGGGCUCCGGAAGUUGGAGGCGUUCUUUGGCGCGCUCGUCACCACCAUGGCGGGAACCUUCCUCUACAUUUACAUCACGGUGGUACCCAGCCAGACGGAGAUCCUCAAGGGCCUCGCCAUCCCCUGGUGCCAGGACUGCGACAAGUCCCAAGUCCAGCAACUCGUCGGCAUCGUCGGCGCUGUCAUCAUGCCCCACAACCUCUACCUACACAGCGCCCUUGUACAGUCACGUGAUAUAGACCGGAAGAACAAACACGCCGUUAAGGAGGCAAACAUGUACUAUGCAAUCGAGUCAACUAUAGCGCUGCUGGUGUCUUUCAUCAUUAACAUGUUUGUGAUGGCGGUGUUCGCUUCCGUUUUUUCCGACCGUGCCGACAAGGAAGAUGCCAGUCUGCGUCUCGCGGGCGACUGGUUGUACGAGCGGUACGGCUUCACUAUGAAGGUCAUCUGGGGGGUCGGCAUCCUGGCGGCGGGGCAGAGCUCCACCAUGACGGGAACAUACGCGGGGCAGUUUGUAAUGCAGGGUUUUAUUAAUAUUAAAUGGGCCAAAUGGAAGCGAGUGUUGCUGACGCGGUCGAUAGCCAUGGUGCCGACCAUAGUGGUGGCAAUAAUUGCUACAAGCGAUCUUGACGCCAUGAACAACUGGCUCAACGUCUUGCAGAGCGUUCAACUUCCGUUCGCGCUACUUCCGGUACUCCAUUUCACCAGCAGCGAACGCAUCAUGGGCGAUUUUAAAAAUGGCAGGAUAUUAAAAGUGGUUGUGUGGUGUCUAGCUGCGCUCGUUAUGAUCAUCAACUUCUAUCUUGUGAUCCUUUUUGUGGGCGCAGGGGACGCCUGGUGGGUCUACCUGGUCACCGCAGUCGUUCUCUUCAUUUACAGCUGCUAUGUGCUUUAUAUUGCAAUUGGCCCGGACAAUGUUUUAAGACUACGAUUAUUUAUCGGCGAGAAACGAGGUGUCGACUGCUCCCACAUCGUGGCGGAAAGGGAACAGAGGCGAUCCAUGAGGUACCUACCUGAUGCAGACGAUGAACCAUCUGGCAUGAACUACAGAAGAAUGAGAAACGACGAGGCGUGAAGAACGGUGUUCUCUUAAAGACAUCGCUGAAUCAAAUGGGACACUAACGGUUCAUCGAAGUAUCUGUUAAAUUUCGUGAAGGUUACAGAGUAUGUGUACCCAUGAGUAUAUGUAGGUUUCUUUAUGCAGCAAUGCUAAACUGUGAUAUUUCAUUUAUUUUAAACCUCUCGUACGUUGUGUGAAUAUGGAACCAGUUGAACUAGUCUUACCUAAGGCAAUAUUAAGACAGGUUUAUCUACUAUUUUAGUGCAUUAAAAUACAUGCAAUAUAGCAAAAAAAAAAACAACGCUUUAUUAAAAUAGUAUGACGAACAUGAUAUUGAAAUUGAUAUUAUAUUGACAAAUGGAUUUUCGUGUAAGGUGUUUUUUUCACGUUAUGGUUUUUAAAGAUGUGUGUGGACUAGUCAUCGGUGAGUACAUGCGAUAGUGUAUGUUAUAUAGAUUUUCACCAACAAAAGCUUUCUCUACACAAUUUCGAUAUCUUGAAAAUGGUCCGUUUAUUUGUGAUGUCAUGAUGUAUAAGGAUAUGUGUUUUCUUGCGGAACUAUAUAAAGUUUCUUUUCUGUGUAAAAGGAGAUAAUAUUUUAACGAAUGCUUGCAUUUUUCGGGGGCGUAGCUGUUUAACGUCACUUUUGACCUUAGAUGACCUUCAUUCAUGAUAGGUCGCAAAUGAAUAAAUCCGAAUUGUGCAUUGGCUAAUAAUGCAAAAAUCACCGUAAACAUUGGAUGCAUAUCAUUUGAACUGAAACAUGAAUAUAUUGUAAAUUGCAUGUAAAUUACAAUACAUUAAAAACUGUCAUGAUACAAAACAUCCUCUAAACAUUACAUCGAAACGCUUCCCCUUAGUUUACGAAGCAGUAUAGCAUUAAACACAUGUCUCUACAAUCAAAAGAAGCUAUUGUUUACAUGCCGUAGCUGUCACACUAAACACUACAAACCAGGCUAGAUUGCACUUUAACGGUACGCAGUUGUUUACCACUAUCGACAAAGCGGGGGUUCGGGGGCGGUAGCCCCCGAUGCUAAGGAAAUAUAUAGGUGUUGGAAAUAUAUCUGUCUUUGAUUAAUUCUAAUCCAUUUUUGCGUUUAUUAGUGUAAAUAUGUUUCUUUGUACUUUGUUUUGUUAUUUUUGUUUAAUAUAAAGUUAUGUCUUUCUGCAAAAAUUCAUGUCACUAUGAUGCUUGAAAUAUUGAGUCUUUUAUAUGUACAUUCUACUAACAUCUUUACACAUUAUAACACAUUAUCUUUUAUUUAAUUCCAACAUUAUGUUCAAAGUGUUUCAGUUGCGAAUUUGUUUUCUUUUCUUAUUGAAACUAAUGUACUACUCGUUCAAUUAUGAGUACUUAUUGACAAUAUAACAUACAAUGUCA